AUGAGAUGGAAAUUAAAAUACUCAGAACAAGACAUCCACAGUGACAAGACAUUAAAGAUCAGCUACUCCUUCAAGAAAGAGAUGGCCAGUGAAGAUAAUCUACUGCCUGCAGAGCAGCUGAGGAUUGUACUUGUUGGGAAGGUUCAAGCGGGGAAGACUUCAGUCAUGAACGCCCUCCUGAGGUACCCAGAGGAAGAUGAGGAACUUGCCUCUAAAGGUCAAACAUUGUUGAUCCCUUACACACAGAAAUGUCAGAGGGAAGAAGUAAAGGUCGGACGACAAAACGUGGUUGUUGUCGACACUCCAGGUCUGUGUCAUGCAGAAAAAGAAGAUGAGGAGGUGAUGGCAGAGAUUAAGCAAUGUGUCUCACUGGCUGAGCCUGGUCCCCAUGUGUUCCUGUUUGUCAUGGAAUUGGAAACAUUUACAGAUGAAGGACAGGACAUGGUGAAGAUCAUUAAGAAGACCUUUGGUGAAAAUAUGGUAGAUUACAGUAUGGUUUUGUUCACCCAUGGAAAUGAACUACAGAGAGCUACAAGAACCAUAGAAGAAUUCAUUGGCGAGGGUAAUCUUAAAAACUUUGUUGAAGAGUGUAAAGGGGGAUGUCAUGUUAUUGAAAAUGAAGACCACAGUCCAUCACAAGUCACCGAGCUUCUGAAGAAGAUCAACUACAUGGUUCAGGAAAAUAAAGGAAACUUUUACACCACUAAAAUGUUCCAAGAUGCUCAAAAAGAAGCAAACGGUCCUGAUGUUAGGAAGAAAAUCUCGCUCUCUGUUGGUGGCUCUGCUUUGGCUGGAGCAGGUGUUGGAGGAGCAAUAUCAUACUUUGCUGGGGCUGGGUUAGCAACCACAGCAGGAGCUGCAGCAGGAGCUGCAGUAUAG